AUGGCUGCCGUCGAUUCACCAACUCAUUCGAAGGGCGAAGCGGUAUUCGGUGCCACCGACAAUGGAACGCACGUUUCCGAAACAGAGUUCAAGGAGGAGGUUGGAGGAUUGCAGUUCGAUCAAUAUCUUACUGGAGGACUGGGGCGCCAUCUGGGCAUCUUCAGCACAACCUCUCUGAUUAUCGGACGAAUCAUCGGUACCGGAAUAUUCUCUACCCCCUCCUCAAUCGUCAAUGGCGUCGGAUCUUUGGGGGCCUCGAUGCUCUUAUGGGUGCUGGGACUCUUGCUGUCUGUGUCGGGACUCUGCGUCUGGCUCGAGUUUGCCUGUAUGAUUCCUCGAAGCGGUGGCGAGAAAGUAUAUCUCGAGGCAGCAUAUCGUCGGCCGAAAAUGUUGAUCACGACAAUCUUUGCGGUCCAAGCGAUUGCCCUUGGCUUCACUGCUUCUGGUUGCAUUGUUUUUGCGUCAAACAUCUUGGUGGCAGCCAAUACGACAGUUACAGAAUGGGCAGAACGAGGCAUUGCCAUUGGAGUUAUCAUCUCCGUGACUCUGAUCCAUACAUUCGUUCCAAAGCUUGGGGUCCACGGAAUGAACUUUUUUACCAUUUUGAAACUCGUUGUUCUCAUUUUCAUCGUUGUUACGGGCUGGGUGGUCCUUGGGGGCGGUAUUUCUCAUAUACCUGAUCCUCAUGCCAGCUUUCACGAUGCCUUCGCUGGAUCAGCCAAGUCUGGCAAUCCAUAUGCAACAGCACUGUUCAAGGUGCUGAAUUCAUACGCGGGAUGGUCAAAUGCCAUGUACGUGAUGAAUGAAAUCAAGAAUCCCGUUCGAACUAUCAAGAUUGCUGGUCCUCUGGGUCUCUCGACUUGUGGGAUUCUAUACAUCCUUGCAAACGUGGCGUACUUUUCCGCAGCAACACCCGCAGAAAUUGCAGCAAGCGGAACCACUGUCGCCUCAUUCUUCAUGAAGAAAGUAUUCGGGCGAGCCGCCCAGAGAGCACUUAGUGUUCUCGUGGCUCUUUCGGCAUACGGAAAUGUAAUGACAGUAACCUUUGCGCAAUCUCGAGUUAACCAAGAGCUCGCAAAGGAAGGCGUUAUCCCCUUUCCACGAUUCUGGGCUUCAUCAUGGCCGUUCGGUUCCCCGUCUGCAGGCUUAAUCCUGCAUUUCAUCCCUUCGUUCAUCGUCAUCGUUGCUAUACCCUUUGGAGACGCCUACAGCUUCAUUCUCGAUGUAGAAGGAUACCCAGGAGCAGUUAUGAACUUUCUUGUAGUCUCGGGACUCUUUUAUCUCCGCUGGACCGAGCCCAAGGCGCCGCGACCAUUCAAGGUUUGGUUGCCCGUCGCGGCAUUCUUCAUGCUUGGACAAGCCUUCCAGCUUAUAGCUCCAUUUUUGAGACCUCCGGGAGGAAAGGGUGAUACCAGCCUCCCAUAUUGGCUUUAUGCCAUUGUGGGCAUAUCGAUUUUGGCAGCGUCUGUUGUCUACUGGCUUGUCUGGUGGGUAGCAGCACCCAAGUUGGGAGGAUACAAGUUGGUGCCGCACAAUGAGCCUCUUAAAGAUGGGACAAACGUGAUUGUUUACCAUCGCGUUUCUAAGAAGUCUCAAGAAGCUUGA